UCAAAAGCUCAAUUCUAUAUUUGUAGAACUGCAAAUUAGACAUAAUCUAAAUUACUAUAAUAAUAACCUAUAACUUAAAGAAUCGACAUACUAGGCCAUUACAUAAAAAUUACUCAUGUACCAAAUUGGUAUGCAGAGACUCUCAAGAAUGAAGCAAUGCGUUUAACUUUUGGCGGGAAAUACACUCUUUCAGUGUAAGGUUUUGUUUUGUGUGUAUUAGAAAUUUAAGUUAGAUAUCAUCUGUUACAACAUUAUAGUAACAUUGUUAUAUUCCUGGACAAACAAAAACUGUGACAAUUGGUACUUCAGCGCUGUUAGGUCGAGUUAUUCAUAUAACCGUGAAUUACACUUAUCUGUUGCUAAUAUUAUUUCUAUCCAAUUUUGAUUAUCUUUAAUAGAUACAUUUUUAAAUAAAAUAAACACUCAUAUUCUUUCUCAAAACCAUAUAUGAUGUCUGAAAUUACGAAACAUCUUUACGUUAAGAAACGAGAUGGAAGUGUUGAAAGUGUUCACUAUGAUGCAAUUAUAGCUCGUAUAAAACAAUUAUGUUAUGGUCUAGAUUGUGAUAUUAUUGAUCCCGCUGCAAUGGCAAUUCAUGUUGUGAAAAAAUGUCUUUAUCCUGGAGUUACAACUUCUCAACUUGAUGAUGCAGCUGCUGAAAUGGCUAUAACAAUGACAACAAUUCAUCCAGAUUAUGAAAAAUUAGCAGCCCGUCUUGCCAUUUCUAAUUUGCAUAAACAAUCUAAAGAAAAAUUUAGUGAUGUUAUGACUGAUAUUUAUCAAAAUGAUGAGUACUGGAGUAUUGGAUUGUCAGAUGAUGUUUAUGAAAUAAUAAUGAAAAACAAAGAAUGUUUAGAUAAAGCCAUAAAUUAUGAAUAUGAUUAUAAUUUAGAUUAUUUUGGAUUUAAAAAUUUAAUGAAAUUUUUUUUGGCUAAAUAUAACAACCAAACUAUUGAACGACCUCAACAUCUUUUUAUGAAAAUAGCUGUGGCUAUACAUGGGAAUGAUAUUGAUUCUGCUUUAGAAACUUACCGUAUGUUAGCACAAAAAUUGUUUGUGUUUUCUCCUGUAGUUAUACAGUUACAAGCAGCUGCAAAAAAAUUCAACAUGCCUGUUGUAAGCCAUUACUCAGUGGCUAUGAUUGAAGAUAGUAUAGAUGGUAUAUAUGACACUCUUAACCGAUUUUCUAAGUUUAUAUUACCAUAUUCAACCACUGCUGUUCAUGUACACAAAAUUCGAGCGGCUGGAACCUAUAUAAGGGGUAGCAAUGGCAAGUCCAGUGGGUUACCGCUUAUGUUAAAACAGUAUGAUACUGUUGUUCAUAAAUGUGAAACACCUGAAAGACCUAAAAGUAUGAAGGGGUUAGCAGUUUAUUGUGAACUGUGGCAUUCUGACAUAAUGAAAGUUUUGGAUCAAAUAAGAAAAACUGCAAUUGCUGACUUGAAAUUAAAGGAUAGUUAUGUUGCUUUAUGGAUUCCUGAUGAGUUUAUGAGACGAGUAGAAAAUAAUCAAAUAUGGAGUUUUAUGAGUCCUGAUCAUUGUCCUGGUCUUGUGAAUGUAUAUGGAAAAGAAUUCGAAAAACUAUAUAAAGAGUAUGAAAACAAAGGUAGUAGUUAUGUUUUAAAACAAAUUGAAGCUAAAAAACUUUGGUCUAUUAUCAUCCAAUUACAAAUUGAAACCAGUCUACCAUUAAUUGUUUACAAAGAUGCUUGUAAUAUGAAAAGCAAUGAAAAUCAUUUAGGCACAAUUCAAUGCGCUGGACGUAAUGGUGAUACUGUACAAUAUACUGCACCUCAAGAAGUUGCAACAUGCACAAAUGCAUCAAUUGCUGUAGAUAUGUUUUUAACUCCAGAGAAUUCUUAUGAUUUUUUUAAGCUUAAAGAAGUUGCAAGAAAAGUUACAUUUGACUUAAACAAAAUAAUUAAUAAAAAUGAAAGCACAAUCAAUGAGGAAAAAAAACUACUAUUAGGAAUUAAAGAAAACCAACUAUCAAUUGGUAUUGGUAUCUAUGGCCUAGCAGAUUUAUUCAUUAAAUUAAGAUAUCCAUUUGAUCAUCCAGAAGCACUCGAUCUUAAUAAAAAAAUACAUGAAACCAUAUACUACGGUUCUUUAGAAGCCAGUUGUGAGCUAGCUGCUGUGAAUGGUCCAUAUAAAACAUUUUCCAAUAGUCCUGCGAGUAAAGGGCUAUUGCAAUUUGAUCUGUGGGGUGUUAAACCAACUAAUUUAUGGGACUGGGACAUCCUCAAAAAAAGUAUUAGCAAAAAUGGACUGAGAAAUUCCCUUGUUACCAUCUCCUCUCCAACUGAUAUUGAAUCACAAAUAUUUGGGAAGAUGAAUUCUGUUGAGCCAUUAGAUACUAAUGUAAAGUGUAAAUACAUUUCUUUUGGAGAAAAUAAACCAAAAGAAUACCAGGUUGUUAAUCAAUACUUAUUAAAAGAUUUAUUUGAUUGUAACCUCUGGGAUGAAAAUAUCAUAUCUCAAUUAAUUAACGAUAUGGGUUCUGUUCAGAAUAUAAAAGGUAUUCCCGAAGAUUUAAAAAAUAUUUACAAGACAAAAUGGGAAAUUGAUCAAAAUGUGUUAAUAAAGAUGGCAGUUGACCGUGCUCCUUUUAUUGAUCAGUCUCAAGCUCUUGUUCUCUACAUGAUGAAUGCUAAUGAAGAAAAUGUUUCUAAAAUUCAUAUGUCAACAUGGAAAUUAGGAUUAAAGACAGGUUUAUGUCAGUUAAGAGUAAAGCAAACUGAAGAAGAUAUUAAUGAAUAAAAUCAUUUUAACUAUAUUGUAUACUUUUUAUUGUAUUAUUGUUUAUUUUAAAAUUUAUAUAACUAUUUUAUUAGUAAGCACUUGAAAUAUUUAUUUAUUCUGUAAAGAUUUUUGAUAUGUAACUAAAUAAAAUUUUAAAUUUUAAGUAGUUGUAACUUUGAAAUUAUUCUUUUUUUAAAUUAAUAACUUGA